CUUCUCACUGAGAAGAUAAGUCCUGUACCAUCCCACGGUGAAGUGAAUUGAAUUUGGUAUUUGGCUCUUCUGAUAGGGGGUUGUAAUCAGUGAGGAAUAAGAAGUUCUCCAGGGAUCCAUCAACCGGAAGAGAACUUCGUCAAGCGAGCAAUUAACCCAGAACAAUGGCAGGAAAGUGUGUCUUGUCGAUCUCCCUCGUCGUUCUGUUCUGCGCAUCGUGGCUGCAGUCAGUCGAGGGCUGCUGCCUCCCUUGUCUGAGUUCGAGGGGCUCUGUAGGCGACUGCUGUGCCUCGCUCUGCGGUGACCGUCAGUCAAAAUGUCCAUGCAACAGAGAAAGGUCACACGAAUGCACCUGCUGCGGACGAUCCUGCCUAGACGCCAGUCUGCCUCGCAUUCAAGCAGCAGCUUCACUGAACCUUCCCCAAGUCUAUCCACAACUUUACGGAGGACACUACGGACCCGGCGAUCUCCGAGCCUACCAGCAAGCUUAUCAGCCACCUUAUCCCCAUCUUUAUGCACAUGGCUAUCCGUACGGUUAUGGAGCACAUCUCCAUUCGCCGUAUCUCCAUUCAGGGUUUUCACAUGAAUGUCCGGAAAUCAAGGCGAAAUCCUGUCCAAUCUGUAAACCCUGUCCAGCACUUGAGGUCGACGACGACGAGCCCCCACCAGCUCCAGUGUCCAGGAGACGUUACUAUUCUCAGCCUGUCAGCUAUGGUUAUGGCUACCAGCCUACCUCCUACGGUUAUGGCUACCACCCUACCUCCUACGGUUAUAGGAGGUACAAGCCUAGAAGGCGCAUGGAGCCCGUCAGUCGAUCUUGGAACGACGACGGUUCACCCCUGCGCUUAAAAUGCGUUCUGGAAUGAUUCAGCAGCUACUUAACUCCCCAGAACGUGAUAUUCAAACUGUAAAUUGGCGUAUGACCUCAAAAAUUGUAAUAGUGAGCCCCAAAAAGGCUCUACACUCACAAGCUGUUAGUUCUGUAGUCAUACGCUGGUAUUUCACACUUGAUCCCAGCGAGGAUGUCCUGCAGCGUUUGGAGGAUGAGGUCAUUGUCAAAGGCAUCAGGAUGAUCGAAGUUGUAUUGGCCCUUCUCGGCUCGCAGCUUCUCAGCUGGUGUCAGAUCUCUGUAGAAACUGUCCUGCGAUAUGCACACCACCUGACGCUCCUGAUGAUCCAUGUCCACUUGACCCAGUUUUUCCAUUAUUCUCUUGCAAACUGUUGACUGGAAGCAUUCAUCGAGUGUGAGAUUACAUAGCGAAAUAGCAAAAAUUUUUUAUUGACUAGUCCCAGUGUUGAUGCCCUCUUUCCUGUCAGACUCGACAUUCCUUUUUUCAAUUAAUUGUUCAGUCUUUCUCAUUGCAAAAAGCAGUACGACCGAUGAGAAUCAUAUGUUCCAAUUUAUCAGCUGGGAAAUUU